AUGACCGAUACGGAGCCUGAGAGCACCGCCGUUGCUCCCAACAUCUCUAUCCUAACGCAGAGAUGUGAACGAUUGCUAGAAAAGUGCCUCGAUAUUUCCCUGCUCAUGGCGCGCGAGUGGGCCGAGAACAAGCUCGCGGACUUUAGGCUUUGGGCCUCAGGAAUUGGUGCCGGCACAGCGGACACAGGCAAAAUGUCCCUGGGAGCCAGGCUUAGCCAGAAGCCCAACCUUCUCAAUAUCUUCGCCGGCCUUUUGCGAAUGUUGCAACAUUUUAUUGAAGAGUGUCAAAUAUUAAGUUUAACUCUCGAUGGAGACGAGCUGGGGCAACACCUCCGUUGGACGGUGCGCGAAUUCCACCAUCGCGGGUCGAAUCGCGUGCAAAGGGGCAGACCAUCGAGGAAGCAUCUUGUCCCAGGUCGCGCAGCCUCGAGGUCAAUAUCUCCCUGGUCUGAUCAGUCCAGCCUAGAUUCCGAUCCAGCUGGGUUAGAUCAUUCUGGUAACGGGCGCCUUGCUCAAGCGAUGGGGAGCGUUGAGUCGAUCCUUGACCAAUUGAACAAUCUCGGAUUCGCCGUGCGCCGGACAGGACAUCAGCUCCGCCUCCAGAAAGCGGACUCGCGUUUCGAUGCAUCAGAACACUCAGCCCUCGAAAAUUUCCUUACAUUCCGGGUCUUGGCUCAACCAAGCAUGAAUCCCUCCGAUACCCUCAAGGCAUUCGACGAUCGAGACCAGUUAACUUCUGUGCAAUUACGCCUGAUCAACGCCAACCUCAAGAGGCGAAACCGCUUUCUUUACGCACAGAGGCAUUCUCGAAAGCUGGCCGAACCCUAUCGGGUUGAACAAACCCCAAAUUCUUUCCCUCCAGCCCGGAAAGAUCUUUCAGUCACUACAGCACAAAAGCCGCCGGCCGACGAUUCAGCCGCCACAAAGCUAGAAGCCGCAACAGAGGCACUCAAUGCAAACCACCUAGGACAAUUCUCUCAGAUCUCGUCAACUACCUCGCGAAUUCGAUACCCUCACCCACCAAACAUAUCAUCAGACGUCAAAUUUUUCAAAUGUCCUUGCUGUUGCCAGACUUUGGACCGUGUGUUUUCAACCGGUAACCGUUGGAGAAUGCAUCUGGCCGAGGACAUAUGUCCCUAUACGUGCAUUUACGACGAGUGCCCCAUGCCAGAAGCAACUUUUGCCACCCGUCAAGCUUGGAUGGAUCAUUUGACCGGGGCUGAACAUCUGGAUAACAGGUGUUGGAGGUGCUUGAUAUGCACCGACGGUGUGAGAUAUGGGGAUAGCUCGCAUCUUUCCGAGCAUAUCCAGCAAAGCCAUUCUGAUUCCAUCGCAAUCAAUCAGAUACCCAUGGUCCUCGAAGCGUCCACGCAGAUACUACCAGCCACCGCCCCUCUGUCGUGCCCAUUGUGCAGACCGAUCCACGGGGCCGGCACAAAAACACCUCGUUCAAACUUGAAACACAUUGCUGAGCAUAUACAUGAUUUUGCCCUACUAUCCCUUCCAUGGGCCCCUGAUGCUCCUGCUGGAGAUCCUGAUGCAAUGAGCAAAGCGCGCAAAAAAGUAGCUUCUUGGCUGGGUUUGCAUGAGAAUUCGAUGUUUCGCUUUGGCACAACACCUCUUGAUCAUAAUAGCACUAUAGAUGAAGCAAGUCUUUAUUUCACACGGGAGCAAUAUUUCGCCGAGAACAGGGACAUUCGUACGACUUCAUGCACUGGUUCGACUGACACAGACCGAGAUCUGAAAGCCUUGGACAGUACAAGUCUAUUGGAGUUUCCAGAAGGCGACUUGGAACAUGUGGACAAUCUCGAAAGCAAUUUUUCCAACCCAGCGUCUCUCUCAGUGGCUGAUUCCCACCAGUUGAGGGACACAGAUCCAAAUGCGGCCGAACCAGCUUCUGGAGAACCACAACCAUACUCUGCAUCCAUCGAUCCGACACCAGACCAAGAAAUCUCCGACUUCAACAACCGCUUUUCGGCCAGACCACCGGCAUUUUACCAGCCGGGUCGCGUGUUUGCCAUUAUCUGGCAUACACCCGCUGAUGAGUCCCAGAGGAACGAUAUGACGUCCCCGCGUCACAUGUAUUUGGAGGGAAAUGUGUCCUUCGGGCAAAAUUGGGAACGUAUCUACGCUUCUGUUCGCAGGCUGGUUGUCGUGAAACCCGUCCUGGACUAUUGUGUGUGUAUACCCGUCAACACGUACGACGGACAAGGAUUGAGCAAGUUCGAGCAUUCUUUGGAAGACGUCGAUGCUCAUUCGAAUAUUUACAUGGACGAUACAGAGCCUUGUUGGCUACCUGACGAGCCCAGGUCGACCAAAAUGCCGAUAGCCGUGGAGACAGCAGGCCCUCAGGAACAACUCAGCCCGUAUAGCCGUCUUUGCUAUUCACAACCACUCAAAGUUCACUAUAAUAUAAAAGCCAUCAGCAUCGGCCAGGUUACAAAAGAGAGUCUACCCUACGUUCUGCAAUAUUUUCGGAAGGCCAACACCUUGAACAGCCCAUGA